UCAUAUUGGGAAGCACGGUGACACACAGGCAAAUAUAGCGCUGGAGAGGUAGCUGAGAGUUCUACAGCUGGAUCAGCGCACAGCAGGAAGAGAGAGUGACUCUGGGCCUGGCUUGAGCAUCUGAGACCUCAAAGCCCACCUCCAGUGACAUACUUCCUCCAACAAGGCCACAUCUACUCUACCUAGGCCACACCUCCUAAGUGUCACUUUCUAUGAGCCUAUAAGGGGCCAUGUUUAUUCAAACCACACAUUAUUGUUGUUGUUGUUGUUAUAUGUGGGGGGCGUUCACACACAGGCACCUGCUUGAUAAGGCAGCCAUGUGGAACUUAGAGGACAACUUCCUGUGGGAGUUGAUGCUUUUCUGCCCCUGUGGGUUCUGGGAACUGAACUCAGGUCAUCAGUUUCUGCAUCCAGGACUUUUACUCACUGAGUCAUCUUUUGGGCCCCAAAAUACUUUUAUUUUCUUCAAGUGUCUUGGUCCGUGUUCCAAUUUGAAUGUCCUAUGAAUUUAAUGGAGGAUUUUUACUGGAGAGGAUUUUGACUGGAGAACUAGAAGAAUGAGAUGGAAGAUGAGGAAGAGCCAGAUAAGAAGAAUGAAUGAGAUGAGUAAGAAUAAGAUGAGAAAGACCAAGAUGGGGCAGAAUUAAGAUGAGAAGUAAGUUAGAACUUAGAGGGCACAGCAGAUAAAUGUAGAGAGAAAUCAGGCAAGAGAGGAGCUAGGCAUGAGAACAGAACUGAAGCUGAGGAGACAGAAUUUUAUCAUAGAGGAAUAAAGUAUGAACUAAUAGCUCAGUGUACUUAGAUUCUUUUCCUGAAAAUAAUUCUUGCUGUUCAUAGCUUCUCUUCUGGUUCCCUGGGAAGAAGAUUAUUAAGGCUGGACCAUAAUAAUAAUAAAAAAGUAUGAAUGGUACUGAUACUUAGAGAAAAAGAUUUUCAUUUCAAGUGUGGGAAAUAAGGGGCAAGGUUAUAUUUUCCCAGACAUAACAUCAAAUGUAUUACCAAAUACAUAGUGAGUAGAGUUAAGUGGAUUCUCAGACCAACUUAAUCACUGAAACAUCAUUGUGCUGAUUGGAAGUGGUAGGUAUGUUGAGUGUGACCAGCAUUCUCUAGUUAACUGUCCUUUAUAAUUCUGAACAUUAAAAAGGUUAAAUUCAAAGUACAUGUGUUUAUGUGUCAUGUGUUAUUAUAAUAUGAUUCAUACAGGGCAGUUAUUAAAUGGCUAUUAAAAUAAGUUUAGACAAAAUGCUUAUCUAGCAUACUAAAGUUUAAAAGUACAAUCAGUCCCUUUAAUAUGAGACUUUCUAUUUUGCACUAUAUAUAUUAUGGAUUCUUCAAAGUGAACGGCAUGCCGCCCAGUGGCUAGGAAGUAGUAUUGCAGGAGAGAAAGGAAAUGCCAUUAGUGAUGCUGAGUAUGGAGACAGGGAACCAGGAAGAAACAUGAACAAGCUGGGAAUAAAAUGGGUUAUGAGAGUAGAUCAAGAAUUAACCUGCUGUUUAAAUUUAUGGCAUGACCACAAUGUUUGUAUUAAUAGUAGCAUAUUCUGCCAAUAGACGUGUGUGUGUGUGUGUGUGUGUGUGUGUGUGUGUGUGUGUGUUCUGUUCUGAAUAUUUUAAAAAGAGACACUGACUUACAUUCAUUGUCUCUUUUUUGGAAUCAAACCAUCAACAAUAUUAUGUAUAAUCUGAACUGAUCCUUGGUAUAAAUAAUAAAAGAAAAGGAGCAGAACUGUAAUACUUCUGCUUUGAAAACAUCACCCCCACCUCUGCUGGAGCAGAGAUGUAACACUUCUGGUAGGGAAACUUUUUCCCCACUGCUGGAACAGAGCUAUAACACUUGCAUUGGGGAAGCUUUUCCCUUCAGAGCCACAAAACUUACAGCUAUGCAUUUGAAAAGCAUUCACUUAUAAAAACCUGAGAGGUCUUCCUACUUAGAAUUCGCAUACAUUGUUUAGCAUAAUAAAUACUGUUCAUUAAAAAAAAAAUCACCUCUUAACACUCCAGAAUGCAUCAAUUUUAACUUUUUUUUUCCUUAAAAGACAAAGCCUGACUCUUGACCCUUCUGCCUUGAAGUCCAGAAUGAUUGAGUCAUAGGCAUGCCAGGCUUAAUAGUGACUUCUUGGAAGAGUCACAUCCCAUUACAGUUUUCAAAAAAAAAUUCUCUUUAAGCCAAGCAUGGCAGUGCAAACUUGUAAUCCCAGCACUUGAGAUGUGCAAGCACUAGGAACCGUUGAAGGCCAUCCUAGGCUACAUGGAGAGUUUAAGGCCAGCUUGAGUUACAUAAUACAGAACUGGAUGUGGAGGGUAAAUUAUUUCAUCUUUUUCUAUGGUCUCUUAAUAAAUUUUGUAGAGAGGACUUAAAACUACAAUACUGUGUCUAGUACUUUGUAAUUUUCAGAAACUCCUAUCAAAAUCUACAUCUAAUACUUACCAAUAACUCUUUACACCAUUAAAAGCAAGAGAUGCCAGUCCCAGAACUAUGUUUGUUUUGAGUCCUAUUCUGGAAGACAGCAUCUUCCAGACCUGGAUGUCAACUAGGCAGCUCAACCUCAUGAGCUUAUACAUCACUACCUAGUGAUCUUUCCCACUCUAUUCCCAAUCGGAAGCAAAGGUAUCUAAAUCGCAAGUAACGGUAUCCAAAGCAGAAUCCAAGGAGUUAUUCUGAAUCUGUUUGCUUAGUACAUGCGUUUACACACCAGGGGGGUGGGAGACAGAGACACAGACAGAGACGGAGAGAGAGAAGGGAAGAUAGGAAGAAGGAGGGAAGGAGGGAGUAGGGACGAAGGGGGGCAGCAAGCAAGCAAGCAAAGCAAAAGGAAUCCUUAUCCACCCGAAGUUUGCAUGUAGCCCACACUCUGCCCUGUCUGGUGAACCAGCACACCAGGGGAGACAGUUCUGCUUUGCUCGCUGAGGUUUUUCUAAACUCUCAGGCAGCCUCGGUGCGCUGCUGAAGGGCUGGCUGCCUGCGGCUUUCUAAAGGCCAGGCAAACAGCAGGGCUCCAGGAACGUGGGACAGUGAAGUGGCAGAAAACGCGGACGGCCCCAGGCCACCCCAGACACUACUCAGGCCAGCCUGUGAGGCUGCGCGCUUGACGGCCGCUUUGCGACGGUCGUCGCGACUGCCGUAAAGCGAGGCCUCCGCCGCUGCUGUAGAGUGAGAAUCCCUCUUCUCUCUUUGAUGGACUCCUGGAGCUCUGCCUGAUGCUUGGCUGUGGAUCUCUGCAUCUGCUUCCAUCAGUUACCUUAUGAAGGCUCUGUGAUGACAGGGUAUUCACCAAUCUGCUUACCGGGGCUUGAUUUUGAAGAGGAUUUGGCACUAUUGGGUUUGUAUGCUGUACAAGUGCUGCUGCACGGAACUGAGGAGAGAGCAUGGUCCAGCUUGGAAGCCAGGACAUGAGUUUGAGCUCCAAGAGGAGAUCCUGAGAAGUCAUUGCAUGAAGCUGUGACGUUGAAGCUUGGAUUGCCUUUUAGACCACGAGAUGAGUGAGAGCCACAGUGAGGAGAUCCUGAGAGUUCAUUGUAUGAGACUGUGAUGGUGAAGUAGGGAUUACCUUUUGAGACCACAAGAUGAGUGCAGUGACCUAUGAAGAUGUGCAUGUGGAAUUCAGUGUGGAAGAGUGGGCUUUGCUGGAUUCUUCCCACAAGAAUCUAUACAAAGAUGUAAUGCUAGAGACCUACAGGAACCUCACAGCUAUAGGCUACAGUUGGGAAGACCAUAAUAUGGAAAAACAUUGUCAAAGUUUUAGAAGGCAGGGCAGGAAUGAAAGAAAUCAUACUGGAGAGAAACUCUCUGAAAAUACUCAAUGUGUUAAAACCUUUGCAUAUCACAAUCAUCUUCAAAUACAUAAAAGAAGACAUACUGGAGAGAAACCCUAUGAAUGUAAUAAAUGUGAUAAAGCCUUUUCAUGUCAGAGUCAUCUACAAAGACAUGAAGUAACUCAUACUGGAGAGAAACCUUAUGAAUGUAAUCAGUGUGAUAAAGCCUUUGCACAUCAAAGUAGUCUCCAAACACAUAAAAAAACUCAUAAUGGAGAGAAACCUUAUAAAUGUAAUCAUUGUGGGAAAGCCUAUGCACAUCAUAGUAGUCUCCAAAUACAUAAUAGAACACAUACUGGAGAGAAACCAUACAAAUGUAAUCAAUGUGAUAAAGCCUUUUCACAAUACAGUAAUCUCCAAGUACAUAAAAGAAGACAUACAGGAGAGAAACACUAUGAAUGUAGUCAACGUGGUAAAGCCUUUUUAUAUUACAGUGCUCUCCAUAUACAUGAAAGAAUACAUACUGGAGAGAAACCUUUCAAAUGUGAUCAAUGUGAUAAAGCCUUUUCACGACAGUGUAAACUUCAAAUGCAUAAAAAAACUCAUACUGGAGACAAACCUUAUGAAUGUCGUCAGUGUGGUAAAGCCUUUGUAAGUCAAAAGAGUCACCAAUUACAUAAAGGAACUCAUACUGGAGAGAAACCCUAUGAAUGUAAUGAGUGUGGUAAAGCCUUUAUAUGUCAAAGGGGUCUCCAAAGACAUAAAAGGACUCAUACUGGAGAGAAACCUUAUGAAUGCAAUGAAUGUGGUAAAGCCUUUGCACAUCACAAUAGUUUUCAAGAACAUAAAAGAACCCAUACUGGAGAGAAACCCUACAAAUGUAUUCAAUGUGAUAAAGCCUUUUCACAAUACAGUAAUCUACAAAAGCAUAAAAGAACACAUACUGGAGAGAAACCCUACACAUGUAUUCAAUGUGAUAAAGCCUUUUCUAAACAUGCUCAUCUUCAAGCUCAUAAAAGAACACAUACUGGAGAGAAACCCUAUGAAUGUAGUCAGUGUGGUAAGCUCUUUGCAUAUCAAGAGAGUCUCCAAUUACAUAAAAGGACACAUACUGGAGAGAAACCCUAUGAAUGUAAUGAGUGUGGUAAAACCUUUGUAUGUCAAAAGAGUCUCCAAAUACAUAAAAGAUCUCAUACUGGAGAGAAACCUUAUAAAUGUCAUCAAUGUGGUAAAUCCUUUGCAUAUCACAGUAGUCUCCAAAUACAUAAAAGAACACAUACUGGAGAGAAACCAUACACAUGUAAUCAAUGUGAUAAAGCCUUUACAAAAUAUAGUUAUCUCCAAAUACAUAAAAGAAGACAUACUGGAGAGAAACCUUAUGAAUGUCAUCAAUGUGAUAAAGCCUUUGCAUGUCGAAGGAGUCUCCAAAGACAUGAAAGAAAACAUACUGGAACUGGAGAGAUAACGUAUGAAUGAAAUUAGUGUGAUAAAACCUUUGCAUAUCAAAGUAGUCGCCAAAUAUAUAAAAGAAGACAUACUGGAGAGAAACCCUAUGAAUGUAAUUAAUAUGGUAAAGCCUUUGCAUAUCAAUAGUCUUCAAAAUCAUAAGAAAAUAAUCAUACUGUUGAGAAACCCUAUACAUGUAGUCAGUGUGGCAAAAUUUUGCAAUUCAUGGUAGUCUUCAUACAAGAGUAAAACUUUGAGUGUGUAAUUGAGCUGUUAAAUCCUGUGUAUAAAACAUUAAUCUGUGAUGAUCUGAAAAAAAUUAAUACUGAAGGAAAUCUGACUGUAAAGGAUUGGGUAAGAUCAUUAGCCAACAUAUGUAUAUUUAGUUACUCAAGAUUAAUCUAGAGGAAAAAAUCUAGCAAGUGUCAACAGUCUCUUCAGUCAUUAUGAUGUCUUUAUUUUGUUUGUACCUGCAAUCUCACAUAGACAAAAGGCCUAUGAAUUUAAACUAAAACAACUUUUGGAUCUCUUCUCUUCAAUCACAGAAAAAAAAGAAAUCUAUGAGUAAAACUUUAUGGAUAUGCAUUAGUGCAUUUUCUGUUGCUGUAGUAAAACAUAAUGCCUAAGUCAACUUAUGAAAGAAUUUAAUUGGCUCUUUACUCCUGAGAGAUACUGGAUCACCAUGAAAGUGGCAUGGCAACAAUUGUCAGACAGGGCAGCUAAAGCAAGAAGCUAAGAUCUUAGACCCUCAACUUGCACCAUGAAGUAGAGAGUAGGAACUGGAAAUGGUGUAUGGAUGAAAACUCUCAGACCCACCCAUAGUGACAUAUUUCAUAAGCAUGGCAGCAUUUCCUAAAUCUUCUGAAAUGAUACCACCAACUGAGAAGGAUUGAUUUCUCUGACUUCAAGUCUACAUGCUAGUUUUCUGUUAUGUGAACUACUUCACAAUGAAGAAAAUCUCU